AUGGGCGACAUUGGAUCUGAAUCCUCCGAUGCCAAAAACAUUGUCAUUAUAGGCGGUGGUAUCAUCGGUGUUUCGAUAGCUUACUGGCUCACCCAACACCGUUUUUACAACUCAUCAAUUCACAGUAUUACAAUUUUAGAAGCUACAGAAAUAGCAGGAGGAUGUUCUGGAAAAGCUGGAGGUUUAUUAGCAUCAUGGGCAACACCAUCUUGUCUCGCCCCUCUUAGUUUCGAAUUACACGCCGAACUGGCUGAAAAGUAUCAGGGAGAUUUGUCUUGGGGCUAUCGUCGUGUUCAUUGCGCCGAUGUGACCUACCAUACCCAGGAUAAACUUUCAGUAUCUGAAAGUGUUGACGUUCCUAAAACACUGGAUUGGAUCAAUGGUUCCGGCAUCAAAGACUUCACUGAGAUCGGUAAACCAGGAAAUACCGCCCAAGUUCAUCCGAAAUACCUUACCAGCUAUCUUUUAGAGCUUGCUCGAGCUCAAGGUGCGAGAUUAAUCAUCGGAUCUGCUGAAUCGAUUAAUUACUCUUUGGACAAUCGUACAGUUGAUUCCGUUAAUUAUAUCCAAGAUGGAAAUACGAAGCAAAUCAAUGCAACGGAUUUAAUUAUCGCAGCUGGUCCUUGGUCAUCUAAACUGGUUCCUCGUAUUCCCGUAUAUGGUGUCAGGAGCCAUAGCAUCGUGAUAAAACCUUCGAGAUCAACAAGUCCAUACGUUCUAUUUCCGAUCUUCGACCCACCAAUCUCGAAGGAAUUUCCACAAUAUAAAGAGAAAGAUCCGAUGAAAUGGAAGGACAAGGAAACCAUCAUAGACAACAUAGAAAUCUACCCCCGUCCUGGUCAUCCAUCCAGCCCCGAAACGAUCUACAUCUGUGGUUUCAACGACUAUCCACCACUCCCAAAAACCACAGAUCAAGUCCAGAUCGACCCAAAUAUGAUAGCGGAUAUUCGAAACGCAACAUCGGCCAUUUCCCCAGCAAUAGAAAGUGGCGAGUUGGUACUAGCACAAGCAUGCUGCAGGCCUCAGAUUCGAAAACAUGCAGAAGGAGAAGCAGUAGGUCCGAUUGUGGGCGCGGUGCCAGGUGUGAUGGGGUUAUGGGUAGCGACUGGUCAUGACGAGUGGGGAAUUCAAAAUUCUCAGGGGACGGGGAAGAUUCUUGCGGGAAUGAUCAUGAGGGAUGAGCUUGAAGGUGUGGAUGUAAAGGCUCUUGAUCCUAGGAAUUUCCUUGGUGAGUAG